AUGGAGUCUUUCCUAUACAAAGCGUUGCAAAACCACGCCAAUGACGAGACUCUGAGACGAAAAUCGUGGCUUAUUUCUGAUCCUAUUUCGCUCAUCCAACCAAAAACCUCUAAUCCUAACCUCCACCAUAAUAUUACCUCAGGAUUCUUGAUACCGCCUCUGAAAUCCCCUAACAAAAGAAAAGUGGAACUACAUAAUGCUUAUGAUCAAGAGUUCAAUUUCACUACUGGGGAAGAAUCAGCAGGAGAAUAUCUUACUAAGAAGUAUCGUGAACUGAUGUAUUUUUCUAAGAUGCCGUUAUAUUAUUUCCCCAAAACCUCGAUUUCCAGACUCGAAUCUGUGUAUUUAGGAAGCAAGAAAGGUGAAGUGUUGAGUGCAAAUAAGAAAGAUGAAUUGAAAAAGUUGAUAGAAGCUAGCAUUAUGGACAUUGAAAGUUUCGAUCAACGCCACAAAACUUUAGGGAUAAUCAUUACUAAAGGGGAAGAUGUUGGUAAAUUGGAUGAAAAAGAACAAAUCUUCCUCAAGAAUUUCAGUACUGCCAACAAAGUAGACUAUCUUCGAGGCUUGAAAUUGCAAAACCUUAACAAAUCGGACUCCACUGCCAGCAAAAUUGCGAUAAAUAUGAUUGAUGAGCUCCUUGACAAUUACACAUUAUUCCUCAAAAUCAGAGAGGCACAACUACAGGCGUUACUAUUGGUGGAAUACCUAUAUCUAGAUAUAUCUGAUAUUGCUAGUUCCAGGACUUUGGUUGAAGAGAAAGAUACCAUUAUUGGAAAUAUUCCAACGACGUCAUUUGGAUUGGGGGUAAAUCCAAAAAAGAGAAAUUUGAUCAGACCAAAAAGAACCAAGAACAAAAAAACAAAAGAAUCGAAAGCUUCCAAUUCAAAAAGACAAAAUAUUAAGAAAACUGGUGUGUUCUAUCGAAGCUUGCUUAACGCAUACAUUGAUAGGUUUUUGAUUUGGGAUAUCAUUCUCGAGACGAAAGUAGGCAAUAAAAGAAGUGAUAAGCAAAAUAAUCAAGAUGAAACAGGACAGCAGGAGAACCUCGAUGGGAUUGAUACUAAUGUUUUGGCAAGUGAAUUUGUUUUUUCCAGGAAUUAUGUUAAGAAGGUAGUGAUUCCUUAUUUUUAUCAAAAAUGCCCACAUUUAGUAAAGUUCAUGAGAAAUAAGAUUCACGGUGAGCUAGUUGGUGGUUCAAGCCAUAACAAAAAAAGAGAAAUUAAGAAAGAUGAGGAAAAAAUGGCGGAAGGAGAUAAUGGGGAACCUAAGGAUACUCAAAAGAAUAAGACCCUUAAACGAUCGAGAACGGAAUUAAAUAUUGAAAAGCCGAGAGGACCAUCACUUCUUCGUUCUAAAACCAUAGCCAAUAAAUUUGCUCUAGAGAUCAAUAAGAAUUUGACAAAUAAUAAAUCACUUAAAAGGGCCCUGUCCACGAGCUCAAUGCCAACAUCGGGGAUCGCCAAAUUGUUGAGUAAGCGGGAAGUUGAUCUCUCGUCCAAAUCUAAACCAUCUCCAAAAUUACUGGUUGGCCAAAAGUUGAAGGAAAUAAGCUCACAAUCUUUCACCGAUCCACAUAGCAUUCUAAGAAGACCAAAGCUUCUACAAAAAUCAAAAAGCUUGAUAGAUAAUAGUAAAAUUUUAAAAACCAAGGCCCCUGCUUCAAAAUCAAUACAAAUUGAAGCUACACCAAUCAAGAACAAUUCCAGUAAUCCAUAUAAUAACCCAUAUAAUAACUCAAAUCAGACUGUUUCUUUCAAAAAAUCACUCAUAAGACAGUUUAGCCAAAUAGAAGCAACACCGGAAUUGAAUAACAGAGUCAUUAAUGCUCUUGGUGAUAGUCCGUAUAUCGUUGAUUCACCUCCAAGCUCAAUAAGAAUUACUUCAUCACUUACGGAGCGAAUUUAUAGCACCCCCACACAAAAUAAAAUCCUAGAAGAGAUUUUCUCUCCUGAUACUCAUUUCAUGGAUGAGCAGAUUACACCCCCGAGGAAAACAGCCCCAAAUAGAUCGUUUCUUGCCGAUUUGAAUGGGUCACCUACAAAUACAUAUAUUAGAAAGCACAACGAUACCCAGAAAGAUUAA